UUAUCCUUCAAUAAUUUUAAAGUGACGCUGUGGCUAUUGCAUGCUAAAACGCUCCGCCGAACAAUAUCGCGCUGACACCGCCUACAAACCCUUCAUUCAUACAUCAACAAACCCUCACCGCUGUCCGAACCUCAUUCGUCACAGCUUAGCCCCACUCCACGGUGGCGCCGUCGCUCUCCCCCUCUUCUCCUCGUAUUUGCCCACGCGCACGCGCGUAUGUCCACGCAGACCAUAACCUACCCUUCUUGUCGCUUUUCACUUCCACAUUCCACAUGGGUUUCGUCCGUUAAUUAUUUUCAUUAAUUAGGAGUGUGUUUCUGACGCUCCUUUAAAGCGGCGUGAGGUUCGGUAAAGCAAGAAAGUAUUCACAACGGUAGUGUCCUCAAUAGUUUCCUAGAUGCGCCCAAUAAGAUUCACCCAAGUGCAAGACUACGAGAUAUGAUUCAUACAAAUCACCAGGGUUCACAUGAACCUCACCGUAUUUAAGCACACCCUUUUCCUUUACCCCCAGAAUUAAAUAAAGCUCGCUCUUCUCCGUUGUCUUUCUUCUCUCUAAUUCCCUUCGAUCUUUCUCCCCGCCCGUCUCCGUGAGAUUUCUAGGGUUUUCAGUGAGAUUGAAUUUCCGUACGCACGCACGGACUAGGGUUUUUUUCUUUUCUUUUUGUUUUCCCUCUCUUUCUCUUCUUGAUGGUGACCGCGAUGGGUCAUGGCAUUGGUAUCUGAAUCAAAUUUUAGUUCAGAAAUCCGAAUCUCUGUUCCUUCAAUGUGAUGACUUCUGUUGCCGCCGGUGAAUGGCUCGAUUUCGUUUCCGGCGCCUCCGAUUCUUCGCAAUCUUCGCGCUCGCAGUCGUCGUCUUCGAGAGGCAGUGCGCGUGCGUCGAAUCAACGAGCGACGAGUUGGAGCGCGAUUUUUCGGUAACUGAUUUGAAUUGGAAUCUCUUUCAUCAAGAUUAUUCGCCGCCGGCUCCGCCACCUCCACCGCCGCAUCCGCCGUCGGUGUCGUGCGUGGACGAUCUCGGUGGGGUUGGGUCCCUGGACUCGACGUGCAAGAUUGUGAACGAUGUGAACCUGAAUCGCGACGUGUAUAUAGCAGGGAAGGGAAAUUUUAACAUCCUACCUGGGGUGAGGUUUCAUUGUGCGAUUCCCGGGUGCAUGAUUACCGUUAAUGUUACCGGCAAUUUUAGUUUAGGUAACAGCUCGUCGAUUGUCACCGGAGCUUUUGAGUUGGAGGCAGAGAAUGGUGGUUUUGGGAAUGAUUCGGUGGUUAACACGACAGGGAUGGCGGGACAGCCUCCUCCGCAGACGAGUGGGACCCCCCAAGGGGUUGAGGGGGGUGGUGGGGGCCAUGGCGGGAGGGGUGCCUGCUGUCUGGUGGACACGACGAAGCUUCCGGAGGAUGUUUGGGGAGGGGAUGCCUAUUCCUGGGCUUCGCUGCAGAACCCGUAUAGUUUUGGGAGCCGGGGAGGGUCGACGAGUAAGGAGAGCGACUAUGGUGGGUUGGGUGGCGGGCUUGUGAGAAUGACUAUUCAUAAACUUGUUGAGAUGAAUGCAACUGUUUUGGCUGAUGGGGGUGAUGGAGGGACCCUAGGGGGAGGUGGCUCUGGAGGCAGCAUCUACAUCAAGGCUUACAGAAUGACUGGUAAUGGGAUGAUAAGUGCUUGUGGAGGUAAUGGUUUUGCUGGUGGUGGAGGUGGCAGAGUUUCUGUUGAUGUGUUCAGUAGGCAUGAUGAGCCCAAAAUUUAUGUGCAUGGUGGUAGUAGCCUUGGCUGUCCUGAAAAUGCAGGUGCUGCUGGGACUCUUUAUGAUGCAGUCCCUCGAAGCCUUAUAGUUGAUAACUAUAACAAGACAACUGAUACAGAGACACUUCUGUUGGAGUUUCCUAAUCAACCCCUUUGGACUAAUGUUUAUGUCCGAAAUAAGGCUAGGGCCACAGUUCCACUGCUUUGGAGUCGUGUACAGGUGCAAGGACAGAUAAGUAUCUUGCAGGGUGGGGUGUUGAGCUUUGGGCUGCGACACUAUGCUACUUCAGAGUUUGAGUUAUUGGCUGAAGAACUGUUGAUGAGUGAUUCUGUGAUGAAGGUAUAUGGUGCUCUACGCAUGUCUGUAAAAAUGUUCUUGAUGUGGAACUCACAAAUGCUCAUAGAUGGGGGGGAAGAUAUAAACGUGGCAACUUCUUUACUUGAGGCUAGUAAUUUGAUUGUUCUCAGGGGAUCUUCUGUGAUACAUUCUAAUGCAAACCUUGGAGUUCAUGGACAAGGUCUGCUUAAUUUAUCAGGACCAGGAGAUUGGAUUGAAGCACAGCGUUUGGUUUUGUCCUUAUUUUAUAGUAUUCAUGUUGGGCCGGGAUCUGUCUUGCGUGGUCCAUUGGAGAAUGCAACAACUGAUGAUGUCACACCAAAGCUUUACUGUGACAACCAAAAUUGCCCUUCUGAAUUACUUCAUCCCCCUGAAGAUUGCAAUGUGAAUGCAUCCUUGUCAUUCACCCUUCAGAUCUGCAGAGUUGAGGACAUCCUUGUUGAAGGCCUUAUAAAAGGUUCUGUUGUUCAUUUCCACAGGGCUAGGACAAUAACUGUUGAAUCUUCUGGAAUAAUAUCUGCCUCUGGAAUGGGCUGUACUGGUGGGUUGGGCCGUGGAAAUAUUCUAAGUAAUGGUAUUGGCAGUGGAGGUGGGCAUGGUGGUAAUGGUGGGGAUGCUUGUUAUGAUGAUAAUUGUGUUGAAGGUGGCAUUUCAUAUGGGAAUGCAGACCUUCCCUGUGAACUUGGUAGUGGAAGUGGAAAUGGCAGCUUGACCGUUACCACAGCUGGGGGUGGGAUCAUAGUAGUCGGAUCAUUGGAGCACCCAUUGUCGAGUUUGUCAAUUCAGGGUUUGGUAAAUGCUGAUGGAGGGAAUUUUGAACCAGCAAUCAGAAACGGAAAAUUUGCUAUUUUUGAUAAUUUAACGGGCGGUCCUGGGGGUGCAUCUGGUGGCACUAUACUAUUGUUUCUCCAUACACUUGGCAUCGGUGAAUCAGCUGUGCUUUCCAGUGUAGGGGGAUAUAGCAGUUCUAAUGGAGGUGGUGGUGGAGGUGGUGGAAGAAUUCAUUUUCAUUGGGCGGACAUUCCCACUGGAGAUGUUUAUCAGCCAAUUGCUAUUGUGAAAGGAGGCAUUCAGACCAGGGGAGGAAAGGGUAAGGGUCAGGGUGGCUCUGGAGCAAAUGGGACAAUAACUGGGAAGGCUUGCCCCAAAGGGCUUUAUGGUACAUUUUGUGAGGAAUGUCCAGCUGGCACUUACAAAAAUGUUACUGGAUCUGAUAAAUCACUUUGUCACCAUUGUCCUGUUAAUGAGCUUCCUCACCGUGCUGUGUAUAUUUCAGUCCGAGGUGGAAUUACUGAAACACCUUGCCCUUACCAAUGCGUUUCAGACAGAUAUCACAUGCCUGAAUGUUAUACAGCUCUUGAAGAGUUAAUUUACACAUUUGGUGGACCUUGGUUAUUUGGUCUUUUCCUUAUUGGUCUCUUGAUCUUGUUAGCAUUGGUGCUUAGUGUCGCAAGAAUGAAAUUUGUUGGGGUUGAUGAAUUACCGGGCCCAGCACCUACUCAACAUGGUUCUCAAAUAGAUCACUCCUUCCCUUUCCUGGAGUCAUUAAAUGAGGUCUUGGAAACAAACAGGGUCGAGGAGUCCCAGAGCCAUGUUCACAGAAUGUACUUUAUGGGACCAAAUACUUUCAGUGAGCCCUGGCAUCUGCCACAUACACCUUCGGAACAUAUACAGGAUAUUGUUUAUGAGAGUGCAUUCAAUACAUUUGUGGAUGAGAUUAAUGCUAUAGCAGCCUAUCAAUGGUGGGAGGGAGCAAUAUAUAGUGUUCUUUCUGUUCUUGCUUACCCACUUGCUUGGUCCUGGCAACAAUGGCGCAGGAGAUUGAAGUUGCAACGUUUGCGUGAGUUUGUUCGAUCAGAGUAUGACCAUGCUUGCCUUCGUUCUUGCCGAUCACGUGCCUUAUAUGAAGGGAUCAAGGUAAAUGCAACUUCUGACCUGAUGCUGGCAUAUGUGGACUUCUUUCUUGGUGGGGAUGAAAAGAGGACAGACCUUCCUCCUCGAUUACAUGAAAGGUUCCCAAUGUCGUUGCUUUUUGGAGGUGAUGGAAGUUAUAUGGCUCCAUUCUCCCUUCACAAUGAUAAUAUCCUUACAAGCCUUAUGAGUCAGGUUUUGCAACCUACAACCUGGUAUAGAUUGGUUGCUGGGCUGAAUGCACAAUUGCGGUUAGUUCGCCGUGGACGACUAAGAGUAACAUUUCGACCUGUCCUCAGAUGGCUUGAGACUCAUGCCAAUCAUGCAUUGAGUGUCCAUGGUGUCCGCGUUGAUCUUGCCUGGUUUCAGGCUACUAGUAGUGGCUAUUGCCACUAUGGGCUUGUGGUUUAUGCUCUUGAGGAAGAACGGUGUCCAGCCCCUGGAGAAAGUACUGAUGGAACUCUAAGAACUGAGGAGAGAUUACGGAUCCAGAGUGUUAAAAAGGAACAUCCUUUGGGGCUUACAAGAAACAGAGCUCAUUUAAGCUCUGGUGGAAGAAUUGAGGACAAUUAUAUGAGGCGUAGGACGAAUGGAGCUGCUUUGGAUGUAAACAAUUUGCAGAUGAUUGACGAGAAGAGAGAUAUCUUUUAUCUUCUCUCUUUUAUACUUCAGAAUACAAAACCUGUUGGGCAUCAGGAUCUUGUUGGUUUAGUAAUCUCAAUGUUGCUUCUAGGAGAUUUUAGUUUAGUAUUACUUACCCUGCUUCAGUUGUAUUCAAUUUCUUUGGUGGAUGUCUUCCUUGUGUUGUUUAUAUUACCUUUCGGCAUUCUUCUCCCAUUUCCUGUCGGAAUUAAUGCUCUUUUUAGUCAUGGACCAAGGCGUUCUGCAGGCCUUGCACGUCUUUAUGCUCUGUGGAACCUUACAUCCUUCAUAAAUGUUGUUGUUGCAUUUCUUUGCGGAUAUAUACAUUACAAUUCUCAAUCAUCUUCCAGUAAAAGACAGCCCAGCUUUCAGCCAUGGAGUAUCAUGGACGAAAGUGAAUGGUGGAUUUUUCCAGCUGGAUUGGUUUUGUGUAAAUUAUUCCAGUCUCAACUCAUCAAUUGGCAUGUUGCCAAUCUGGAAAUUCAAGACCGUUCCUUGUAUAGUAACGAUUUUGAGCUGUUCUGGCAGUCAUGAUGGUAUGUUUCACAGCAUAUAUUCAACAUUAACUUUUUCCCCCUUUCCCCCUCUUCUCUCAAUCCAUCACAUGUUCAGUUUGAGUACGGUCAUCUAGAAUAGGUCAAAGAUUGACAUAGAGAUGGUAGGAUAACUCGAGGUGGGGAGGAAUAGAGCUACAGAAAUCGAAAGUAGAAGUUGUAGAGGCAUUCAUUACUGUAACACCUAAUGUCCAGUAGUUUUUUUAAGAAAUGAAAUCAUUUUCACCUUGAAUUUCCCUACGGUGUAAAUAUCAAGUAACUAAGUAUUCUUCAGAAUAUUAUGUUGUUGACAACUCUUUAACUCAUCCCUAUUUUUUUUUAAUUAUAUUCAAUUGGCGAACCGCUUCAAGUAAAGUCGGCGGAGAAAUUUGAGCGUCUUGGGGUAUAAGAUCUGAGCUUGAAGCGUUUUAUUCCUCAACAACCUCCUUCCCCCGAACACCCCAAAUGUACCUUUUUUGUGGUAUUAAAUUAGUUAAUUGUUAUUGUUUGUUCGUGAAGUAGGUUCAUAUCUUGUUGCAAUCAAUGAGAUUUUGUUAAAAUUGUCAGUGUAGGGUUUGAUUAUUUUCAGUAAAGUUUUGAUUAUUUUUAGGC